CGCCAAAUUUGUGGCAGAUUCUUGAGAGUCGCUGCCUCAGACUCAUGAGAAAGUUCGUCUGACACGACAGCAUGGCGGUGCCUUUUGUGCAGGACUGGGACCUGGUGCAGACACUGGGAGAAGGAGCCUACGGAGAAGUGAAGCUGCUGGUGAACCGGCAGACGGAGGAGGCGGUUGCAGUGAAGGUGAUCGAUACCUCUCAGGCUAAAGAGUGCGCUGAAAAUGUCAAGAAGGAGGUGUGCGUCCAUAAGAUCCUCAACCACCCCAACAUUGUGCGGUUCUUUGGCCAUCGGAAGGAAGGGCCCACGGUCUACCUCUUCCUGGAGUACUGCACCGGAGGCGAGCUGUUCGACCGAAUCGAGCCUGACGUGGGGAUGGCAGAGAACGACGCUCAUAGGUUUUUCCAGCAGCUAAUGGCAGCUGUGGAGUACCUCCACAAUAUUGGCAUCACCCACAGAGACAUAAAGCCAGAGAACAUCUUGCUGGAUGACAAAGAUAACCUGAAGCUGACCGACUUUGGUCUGGCCACCAUGUUUCGAUUCAAAGGACGAGAGCGUCCUCUAAAUCGACUCUGUGGGACGCUUCCCUACGUGGCCCCGGAGCUUCUCAGCCGACCAGAGUACAAAGCUCAGCCCGCGGAUAUUUGGGCCUGUGGGAUAGUCCUCACUGCAAUGCUGGCUGGAGAGUUACCAUGGGACCAGCCCUCUGAGAGCUGUCAAGAGUUUUCAGACUGGGUUCAAAAGAAAACUUAUCUAUCUCCUUGGAAGAAAAUACAACCAAUGCCACUUAGUUUGUUGUCCAAAUUAAUGCUGGUGAGUCCAGAUGCACGCAUCACCAUCACAGACAUAAUGAAAGAUCGCUGGUUUACACAAGGUGUGAAGCACCCGCCAGCUUCUCUGAGUUCAGGAGGGAAAAAACUUCUUCGAACAGAUGUGGGACUCAAAUCCAGAACCAAUAGUGAUGACAGGAUGCAGUUUUCCAGCUCUCAGCCUGAUCUCGCAGCAGGCGGCUGGGAAGCCAUGUUGUUAAUCAGUCAGGCCGACGGACAAGUCAGCUUCUCCCAGCCGACCAAGCCGGAGCACAUGUUGCUGGGAAGUCAGCUACUGGGCACACCGGGAGCCAGUCAGUCUCCUUGGCAGAGAUUAGUGCGGAGAAUGACGCGUUUCUUCACCGCUGUGAAUGCCGACGCCUCAUUAUCUGCCCUGAAAGAGGCCUGCGAAAGCCUGGCGCUUGGCUUCAAACUCACCUGCACCAAGCAGGUGACGGUGAGCACACUCGACAAGCGAAAUAACAAACUCAUCUUCAAAGUCCAUUUGCUAGAGAUGAAUAAUAGAGUGCUGCUGGACUUCAGGCUGUCUAAGGGCGACGGUCUGGAGUUUAAACGACUCUUUGUGAAGAUAAAACAGAAGCUCGGUGACAUCAUAAGCACUCAGAAGAUUUUACUCACAUGAGAAGCGUCAGCCUCACAGUGUAUGGUGACUACAAACAAACUGCCAUGGACGUUACAGAGAACCUGUACAUAUUUAGCUGUUGUGUCUUUUUUUUUUAAACUUGUCCUGCUCGUGUCUUUAAGUCAUACUUGUUUUCUUGUAGAAGUAUAAUGUCAUAUUAGCCAGAUUUCACUUGUUUUGGAGAAGAAGCUGUGGGUGGAUGCACAGGGGUGUCUGUCUGUCUUUCCAUGCUCUGCCUUUGAGAAGACUAAGAUGUUCUGGUUAUGUUGGACAUGAUACAGUCCAAAGUCUUGAAUAAAUUA